AUGCCCAUUCCAACCCGUACGGCCUCCUUGCGAGAGCCCCGUCAGACAUCCCACAUCGCUCGUCUGGCGCCCGGAGCGAAGGCACCCGCCCGUCCCACAUCUACCCUGGAACCCCCUAAAGAUACCGUUACCUCCAAUCGGGCUCGAACGCUUCUACCUCAGCGCAGUAACCCCCUGCGAGAGGAUGGCGCGACUACCCGACUCCCUCCGCCUGAGAGACGGCCUCGAGAGACGUCACCCAAGAGACCGAUAAACGAAAAGCAGGGCCCUACCCCGACGGCGACACCGCCGACCAGCACCACAGCUCCUACUCGUCGCCAGAGUCUCUUGCGCCCUGCGCCUGUGAAACCAUCCACUACUCGCAAUGUCUCAGUACCAACAAAGACCGCGACCGCGACCCCGGCGUUUAGACCGCCAUCCCCGCGGAAACCGUCGCUGCGUUCGCCGACGCAAGCUUCCGCCCCCAGACCCCCUUCUCCAAAGAAGGCAGAGAUGCCACCCCCUCCUCGUCCGACACGAUCGUCUUCGCUGAGACAGCCGGUGAAGACCGAUCCAACGGCGACCGUGAGAGGCCAUGCACGACACCGCAGUCAGAUGAUUCCUCCAAACACAAAGUCAAUGCAGCCAGAUGCGGCUCCGAAACUCCGUUCGGGCUUUUCAAGCUACCAACAGCAGUCUUCGCCGAAGAAGCCGAUUAAGCCUCCUACUCCUACUCCAGGAGAAACGCCUGCGUUGGGUGGUCUCAUUCCGACGACCUGGCCGGACAUUGCUGCUUUGCAGACGGAGUUGCUUCAGUUGAGUCUUUUUCAUUCCAGCGCCCUGGAAAGACAUGCAGAAUGGAAGACCGAAUGCGAAUCCCAACUACGGACGAAAUUUAAUACUGUUGCGGGCCAAUACCAAUCUACGCAGAGAGACGAAAAGAUGCGCCAAUACCAGCUUAAUGCACAAGCGCUAGGAUCCUGGCUACAAAAUUGUCGCGACCACAAUGGGCAGCAAAGCUUUCCCGAACAAAUCCAGAUCCUAUCUCAGGUUUUGCAGGAGGUGUCGGAUCUAACCUGCACCGCAACCGGGUGCUAUGCUCGCGUUGUCACCACAUUAGAGACCUGGUUUGACCGUGCCGAAGAGAUCCGGGGACGUCGCGAGACCUCUAGAGUUCUCGAUGGGACUGAUUUUGUUGAUCCGCUGGACCGGACUUGGAAAGAAGAAGUACAAGGCUUGCAGGCCAAGCUGGAACUAUGCGCACGGCAGCUUCAGACCCUAGAUAUCUUGGGCUUUGGGGAGGUUGAGCGUCUGGAACAGUCGGCUCUAACGCGGGUCGCUCAGGGUCUCGUGGAAUAUAUUCAACUGCUGAUGCAGGAACUCCGUGCCAUGCGCAUGGUCGAAACCGAGAUGAUCCGCUCUGAACGAGAGAUCGUGGGUCAGCUCGCCACACAGUUGGCCUCGAUUCCAACCAGCGGCACAAGGGCACGGGUUGGUGUCUGGAAAUCUUAA